AAGAAGAAGGUAAAGACGUUAUGACGACAUCACGUAAACAUGGCUUCUACAAGGAUUAGCUAGCUAGCUACUUUGUAAUUUAACGAGUCUUUUCUGUAGAUUAAGUGUACUGUUGUGCAUGAAAAUGGACAAUACAUUUCACCACGGUCCGCCAGAGAAGCAGCAGCCUCCUGUCUAUCAUGGCGGCUAUGUGGAGACAGCGUACACCGCCAACAGGGCGCCUCCUGAUGCUGCACAGGAGGACCUCACUGCUCCUCGGUGGACAGCCCCCCAGGGAUAUGACGGACACUCUUUCGGAUUCAGGUACGAUUUUCCUCCACCGUCUCCCGUAGCAGGGGGUUUCGGAGCCCCCCACUUGGCUCCUCCAUACGGUUUUGAUCCCUCCGUCCCACCGCCUCCUCUCGGCUGUCCACCACCCGGACACUUCCCGAGUAUCCCCCCUCACGCCCCGGGAAACACAUACAACAGCCCGGGACCAGCGUUUCACACAUAUAACCAGCAUUUCAGACCUGGUCCGCAAACUAACCAGUAUGACUUCCACUCAGCCGUAGAGUCCGGUCAAAAACAGCAGCAGGAAUAUCAGAGUUUCUCUGAGAGAGGAGCUCUGUUCGGCCAUAGCUCGUUUCCUCCUCGGGUUAGGGACAAUGACAGGAGUCUGGAGACAAUUAAACAGCCGCAAGAUGAAACGGCUCUGCAGAGGAAGCAGGAUGAACAGUGGGUUAAACAUUUCUUACAAAACAGAGGCAAGUCUUCCAAGAGCCCACGGACCCAGCAGCCACACCAGCUCAGUGUUCCUGAGCUGAGAGAAGCUCUCUACAGUGCAGCUCAGCUCCUCUCACAGCUGUCUGAGUCCUGUGAGAGCCUCAAGAACAACCUGGAGACUGACUGUGCCUGGACAGACUCUUAUCGACUGGCUUUAAAUGUCAAAACAGAGCUACAGGAGAAACUGAAAGUUCUCAGCGACGGUGAGCGUGUAAGUGGCUUUCAAGCUAAAUUGUCCCGUAUUGCUAAGAGGAGGGCCCGGAGACUGAGGGCCAGGAAACUGCUGGAAAUGGAGGAAAAGGAGAGAGAGGCGCGCAUGGCAGAGAAAGAGGCUGCCAUAGAUAAAUGGAGGAUGAAGCAGAUACAUGAAGUAGAGGAGAAGAAGAAGGAGCAGGAGCUGAAGCUGGCUGCAGACUCUGUUUUGUGUGAGGUGCGAAAGAAGCAGGCAGACGUGAAGAGAAUGCAGGACAUCCUCAGAUCUCUGGAGAAACUGCGCAAACUGAGGAAAGAGGCAGCAUCAAGGAAAGGUAUCUUCACUGACCAAGAAUCUGACGAGGCAUUCAGCAGCCGGCUGGAGAAACUGAGGUCUGUGAUGAAAAAGAGGACAGCUGUGUACUCGGCAGAGGAGAAAGCCUUGAUGGUGAUGCUGGAAGGAGAGCAGGAGGAGGAGCGGAGGAGAGACAUGGAGAAGCGACUGAAGAAGGAGAGGGAGAGGCAGCUGCAGAGAAAACACAAAGUAGACGGCAUGCUGUUUGGAGAUGAGAUUCCAGCUAAUCCUGUCCUGCAGCCCUUCAGAGAAUACUACACCCAGGCCGAGCGCUCACUGCAUUCUUUAGUACAAAUAAGGAGAGAGUGGGACGUGUUUCUGGUGGCAGCGGAUCAUCCUGACGGUACCGUGGUUCCUCAGAACUGGGUCCUGCCAGAUGCCCCGUCAGACCAGGCCUGGGCCUCGGCUCUACUCAGUGCCGACGUCGAGUGUGACGGCCUCUGACUGACUGUGUGUGCUGUUGAGAUGUGGCUGACAAAGAAAACUUGAAUCUUCUGUCACACUUGUUGUCGCUUUGGUAAGGACAGUAAACAGAAUCCCAAGAAAACACCUGCAGAUGGACAUCUGUAGAAAGUGACAUGUUGAACAAGCUUGACAAAUCAAAGGAUUACUAUCAGUUGGGAUUUUUCAUCUGGUUUUUCUAUUUAACAUUUUUAAUGUUGCCCUGGUGUUCAGUUGGGGUUUGAUAACUUCACUUUCCAUUUAGAUUCAGUAGUGGUUAAUUGGGUGGUUAAUUGCUAAGGUUAACAUAACCUUUACAUGAAAAGACCUCUAUUGUUGUGCCAUAAAAGUCACUCUGGCUAGUUUACUUACUCAGGUCCUGGUAACCACUGAGAAUGUAACUACACUUAACUUAUCAUUAACUGAAAGAGACAGUGGCAAAAUACAGUACGUUUUUAAAUCCA